AUGCGCUUUUUUGCCGCCUUUGCAGCGGGUUUGUUAGGCGCGAUGCUUCGGCGCUCCGUGGGUGACCCGUGCCCCGCUGAGUGCUACCGCAGCAUCGAGAACGCGCUUCAGUUUCGUAACAAGAAAAAAGAUGGCGCCGUUUUUUCGCAGCGCUACGAGCCAUACCAGCUCGGUGAGGUGAUCCCCAUCACGCACGACACCGCUCUUUUUCGGUUCCUGCUUCACGCUGAUGAGGAGUUUAAUCUGAAGCCGUGCUCGACGCUGCAGGCCUGCUACAAGUACGGGGUUCAGCCGACGGAGCAGUGUCACCGCUUCUACACCCCGGUUACGGCUAACCACACAAAAGGUUAUUUUGACAUCAUUGUGAAGCGCAAGCAGGGAGGUCUCAUGACAACCCACCUUUUCGGCAUGCACGUUGGGGACAAACUGCUCUUUCGCUCUGUGAACUUCAAGGUGCAGUACAGACCAAAUAGGUGGAGCCAUGUAGGCAUGAUUGCGGGCGGCACUGGCUUUACCCCGAUGUUGCAAAUUAUUCGCCAUGGCUUAAUGGAGAAGUGGAAGGAUGGCGUUGUGGAUCACACAAAGCUAUCUUUUUUGUUUUGCAAUCGCACCGAGAAGCACAUAUUACUUAAGGGUCUUUUUGAUGAUUUAUCGGUGCGUUACCCCGAGCGGUUUAAGGUCCACUACACAGUGGACCAGCCCGUGGACCCGGAGAACUGGAAGCAUUUUGUCGGUUAUGUCACCAAGGAGAUGGUGCAGCAAACGAUGCCCGCAGUAGAGGAGGAGAACAAGAUCAUCAUGAUUUGCGGUCCCGACCAGCUGCUGAAUCAUGUGGCAGGUACACCUAUGGAGACAAUGAACGCCAUGUCGAGUGGGGUAAAUAUUCAGCCCCUUGCACCAGACCUCAAUAACUUGGUUGCGCUUGGUGGUAUCCUGGGUGAGCUCGGGUACAAGGACAGUGACAUUUAUCGUUUCUAA